AUGUCACUCGCAAGCCAGCUUCCGGCGCUGUGUGAUCGACAACAGCCCCGAUGGCCUGCAGCGCCUGGUCCGCCGAGAAACGAGGGGUUCAAGCUUAUCAUAAACUUUGUCAACAACUGGAGCGACUACGGUGGCAUACCGGUAUGCAUGACUGCCUUCGGAGGCUCCAGAGACAACUGGUACACCAACAGUUGGGCACAAUCGCAGUACAAGGCCUACGAAGCUGCUGUUGUCAAUGCUAUAUCAACGCAUGUCUUUGUAUGGGAACUGGCGAACGAGCCGUGCUGCAAGGGAUGUAUUACGGAUGUUGUCUAA